GACUAUGAUAAGUACAGCCAUGAGGGGCGAAAUAUUCAAAAGAAACUUUUGCUUUCUCCAAGUACUCAUAAUGAAAGAAAAGGAAGUAAUGGGACUACAGCUAUGUUUCAGCCACCCAUUAGAGACAUAUAUCUAUGUGACAAAUGUGAGAAUGAAUUUUAUAGUCUACGAGAAGUUCAGACUCAUGAAAGACAGUGCCGUGGGGAUACCCCACCAUCUCCAGCAGUACCCUCACCAGAGCCUGAACCUGCAGAUGAAGAUUUAGAGCCAACUGGACAGGUGCCUUUUCUUGCCUACUUGAAUCUUCAACCAGCUGAACAUACAGGGAUUAAGCCUUACAUGUCUCCAAGAAAGAGAAAUGCCAUAAGUCCUCCUAGAAAGUUGUUUGGACCAACAUAUCCUAGAUAUGAUUCAAUAUCUCUAAGUUCCCCUCUUGGAAA